AUGGAAAUUGAGGAAUAGCACUACUUUUAAAAUCAUUAAAUUUAAUAUCAGCCAUCUCAUUAUGAGAUGUAAAUAGAGACACCUUAAUAAUAAAUAGUAAAUAUGAAUGAAUAACAUAAUUACCAAGUGUCAAGUGAAGGGCAAGAAAAUUGUAAAUUAUAGGAAAGUUAAAAUUUGAUAAAUUGCAACGCUUCAAAUUCUACAUUAAAUGUUUUAAAGUAAAAAGAAAUAGCCUAAAAAAAUAAAGAUUCACUUUCUGUCUACUCUUUAAAUUCUUCAUCAUCUUCUUCUUCCUCCUCUGUUAAAAAGCGCAAACCUUCAAACAAUUUCGAUAUCGAAUCAGCUCUUUCUUAAAAUUCUUCUGGAGAUUACUCUAGAUAAGUGGAUUACAAGCUUCAACCAAUUUAUAAAUAGCUGUUUCCUAAUUCAUUUGUGCAUAUUUUUGGUGAUAUGGUUAUCCACACUGAUAUUAACAACUUAGAAGAUUACAUUGGAAUUAAUUCACCUUUUAAUUACAUAAAAAAAAUAUAAUAAAUUUAAUAUAAAAAAGCAAAUUAAACACUUGAGGUUUUGCUUGAUAAAACGAAUACCACAUUUAUAGACUACGACCACCUUAUUUAACUUUUUUCCAAUUAUCCUGAAAAAACAAUCCACGAGCUAGGUAAAAACCUUGAAAGAUACAAAUGCUACUCAAUAAAAUAAUAAAAAAUGGUCUAGAUAUGCUCUUAGUAAGAAGGUUAUGCUGAAUUUACACGUUUGAAAUAAGUGAAAUUUGAGAGAUUUAAGUAGAAAGCUAUGGAAAUAGUAGACUAAUAUAAAAAUGAAUACAUAUGUUAUAUUAUGUUUCAAAGAAAUUAUGAUACUGGAGGAGCUGAAAUGAGAAUAGUAGGUUUGAAUGAAAAGCUCAUUUCUCUUCUUGGCACUAGUGUUAAUGAUUUUGAAGAGCUAACAAGGAGAGUUGGAAUGUAUUGCUUCUAAAAUAAAUACAUUUAUAAUUACAUACUAAGUAAAUAUAUUGAAUAAAUGGGAGAAACUUUAAGAAAGUCUCAUGAAUUUAGACAGGCUGAAAAUAUUUAAUUAAAUAGAGGAGUCGAAAAAGCUUUCUCGUUGGAAUAUUAAACUUCAAUGUUAACUAUUGACGAUUUUAUGGUUGAUUCUACAAUUAGAUUAGAGACUUAUGUAGAUUGUACAGAUGAAGAUUCUGACAUAGCUCAUGAUUUGUUAAAAUUCAGAGACAUGCUCCACAUUUUUAGAAUUAAUAUAACAGAUGAAACCAUAAACACAUUAAGAAUAUAAAGAUUAGGCUAAACACCAAAUUAUAAAGAUAUAAUCUAAAAAGAGUCUCUCUACUAUGAGCUAGAAGCAUCCAUAUUUUUAGAAAAAUUCUAUGGACCUAAAAGAGAGACUUAAGAAGAUAUAAAAAAGAAAGAAGAACUUGAAAUAAUCCAAAAAUAAAAAACUUGUGGCUUCCGUCAAAUAAGUUGA